AUGGCCCAGCUUAACUUUCUGGAAGACAAAUGCAGCUGCUGUCGAUCGGGGUGGCCGAGCACUCCUCUGGUUCUUGGGAGUGAUGAGAGCUUAGCUCCUUUAGAAAAAAGCCAGGCGUUGAUACAUCUCCAUUUGCUUAAUAACACCAUUUCUUACAUUACAUCAGGUUGUAAAGCUCUCCCAGUUACAUCAGGUUGUAAAGCUCUCCCAGUUACAUCAGGUUGUAAAGCUCUCCCAGUUACAUCAGGUUGUAAAGCUCUCCCAGUUACAUCAGGUUGUAAAGCUCUCCCAGUUACAUCAGGUUGUAAAGCUCUCCCAGUUACAUCAGGUUGUAAAGCUCUACCAGUUACAUCAGGUUGUAAAGCUCUCCCAGUUACACCAGGUUGUAAAGCUCUCCCAGUUACAUCAGGUUGUAAAGCUCUCCCAGUUACAUCAGGUUGUAAAGCUCUCCCAGUUACAUCAGGUUGUAAAGCUCUCCCAGUUACAUCAGGUUGUAAAGCUCUCCCAGUUACAUCAGGUUGUAAAGCUCUCCCAGUUACAUCAGGUUGUAAAGCUCUACCAGUUACAUCAGGUUGUAAAGCUCUCCCAGUUACAUCAGGUUGUAAAGCUCUCCCAGUUACAUCAGGUUGUAAAGCUCUCCCAGUUACAUCAGGUUGUAAAGCUCUACCAGUUACAUCAGGUUGUAAAGCUCUCCCAGUUACAUCAGGUUGUAAAGCUCUCCCAGUUACAUCAGGUUGUAAAGCUCUCCCAGUUACAUCAGGUUGUAAAGCUCUACCAGUUACAUCAGGUUGUAAAGCUCUCCCAGUUACAUCAGGUUGUAAAGCUCUCCCAGUUACAUCAGGUUGUAAAGCUCUCCCAGUUACAUCAGGUUGUAAAGCUCUACCAGUUACAUCAGGUUGUAAAGCUCUCCCAGUUAUUUAUCUUUUCCUUUCGCCAAAGAAUUCACUUCACAACAAGUGCAGCAGCAUCAACUCAAAUCUAUCUGAUGGCUUCGGAAGAAAUAUAGUUGAAAGAAACCUUGUAAAAAGGAAGUCCUAAAAAACUGUUACAUUCACAGCUUCCUUUCUGGCAGACAAAGGUUGAA